UCUAGACGCUUCUGGAACAAAUACCAAUUUUUCAUGUUGUGAUGACGUUUAAGCCCUCGCAGUUUACAUUUUUGUUCUUCGCUCAAAAUUGUUUCUUUGACUCCAAGAUUCCGCGAUUCGAACUGCUUAUCGCUCGCAAUUUUUCUCUGAUUUUCUUCCCGUAACUCCAAGGUACAUGGCGGAGUCGCAGCUCCAUGAUGGUUCAAGUACAAGUGAUGUUUCUGGGGGGUGCUCUGACUCAAAUCUUCAGCUCAAUAUCAAGACCCUGGAUUCCCGGAUUUACAGCUUUAAUGUGGAUAAGAAUAUGGUUGUAUCAGCAUUCAAGGAGAAAAUAGCCAGUCAAAGUGGUGUGCCUGUUGGGCAGCAGCGUCUAAUUUUUCGGGGCAAGGUCUUGAAAGAUGAUCAUCUUCUUUCUGAAUAUAAUGUUGAAAAUGGGGAUACUUUGCAUUUAGUUGAAAGGCAGCCACAGCCAUCUCCUGGUUCCAGCUCUCGGGAGGCAACCUCUAGUAGUGGUGGACAAGAUCCUAAUGCUGGUGUAUCACGUAAUCGUAUUGGACCAAUUGCCCACAGUAUAGUAUUGGGGACAUUAAAUGUUGGAGAUCCAGGGGAAGCUGUUGUUCCAGAUUUAAGUCGGGUCAUUGGGGCAGUAUUGAACACUAUCGGAAUUGGUACACAGACAGGAGGCAUGCAAACUGGCGUUCCGACUUCUAAUGCAAAUGAAACAGAAGCAUCACAGUCUAAUUCUGCCAGUCAAAGUCAGAAUGGAAAUCAGUCUGUCCCUUGGCAAGCCUUUCAUGGGCAAGCUGCAUCCCAGGCUAUGCAAACCCCACUAGGAGCAGCAAUUGCUGUUCCAUCACUGAACAUGCCAAUUCCUGAUUCACUGAGCACACUAAUUGAGUUCAUGAACCGAAUGGAACUGGCAUUCUCACAAAAUGGUAAUCAACCAAAUCAAUCACCGGUGGCUAGUGAUACUCUUGAACUGCCUUCAAAUUCUCGUGGUUUACGAACGGUGGACGCUUUGAGCAUUGUUUUACAACGUGCACAACGUCUCCUUAGUGAUCAUGCUGUUCCAGCAUUAUCUCACACUGCAGGCAGAUUAAAUCAUGAGGGGGGAUCUAAUGAUCCUGUGGUAAGGGGGCAAGUACAGACAGAAUCUACUCAAUUAGGCAUGGCGAUGCAACACUUAGGUGCACUUCUUCUAGAACUGGGGAGGACCAUUUUAACACUUCGCAUGGGACAAUCUCCAGCUGAAUCUUUUGUGAAUGCUGGACCUGCUGUUUAUAUAUCCCCAUCAGGACCUAAUCCGAUUAUGGUUCAGCCAUUUCCUCUCCAAACCAGCUCUCUUUUUGGUGCUUCAUCGGGUGUCUCACCAAGUCCUAUGGCUAUGGGCCCAGUUGGUGUUGCUAGUAUUCCAAGGAAUGUAAAUAUUCAUAUUCAUACUGGAGCAUCACUGGCACCUAUGGUUUCUCAAUUGGGUAACCGGGCACCUAAUGGAGAAGGAACGCAAGAAGAACGUGCUAAUGUAUCUGAGUCUAGUGAUUUCGGUCAAGCACGGGGGUCUUCAGGAGUAGGUGUCACUGCUAAUGUUGUUUCGCAACCUGCGAUGGUUUCAAUCUCUGGUGCUUUGGCACCUGGUACUGGUGUUCAACAGACACCUGAUUCAAAUUCUAUUUCCUCUGUGGUUGCUGAAAUCAACGCUCAAAUGAGAAGUCUGUUAUCUAACAUGCAGAACGAUCAGGCACCUUCAGGCCAAACAGAGGAUUCAGCCAAUCAAGACCAACCUGUUGGUUCUGGAGAAAAUACAAGCAGACAGAGGACUGCUGAGGCCAGCCAUACUUCACCUCAUGUCAGCAUGAUGGAUGAUCAGAAGGCACAAACUGCAUGCAACCAACCUGAUAUUAAAGGGAAGGGAGCUGGUGUGGGUUCAGUUAGUGAACCUUCUAUAAGUUCUGAAGGAGGCUCUGAUAAAAGGCCAACGGCAUCUGAUCGGGGUGAUGAUAAUGAUAAUGCUGAUAGUCCUUCGGGCAUCCCUCUUGGAUUGGGGCUAGGAGGCCUUCAGCCUAAGAGGCGAGGUAGGCAGCAGAAAGCACAAACCAAGGACACUGAUAAUUCAAGUGCUAGUAGUCAGAACCAGCAAUCUAGGGCAGUCGGACAGCAUGUUCUGCAAUCUCUUGCAUCACUCCCAACUAGGGGAAAUAGGAAUCCUUUGCCCUCAAGGCAAUCAUCAGACAUUGCUAGGGGAGGAGGAGGACAAAGUGUGCCAACAGCAAGCCAAAAUGCUGAUGGCCAAGGUGAUGUAGCAGAUGCAAUGUCUCAAAUUUUGCACAGUCCUGCCCUAGAUGGUUUAUUGUCUGGAGUUUCCCAGCAAACUGGUGUUGGUACCCCAGAUAUGCUGAGAAACAUGUUGCAACAAUUUACUCAAAAUCCCACAAUGAGGAAUACAGUGAAUCAGAUUGCUCAGCAGAUUGACAGCCACGACCUUGGAAGCAUGUUUUCGGGUCUGGAUAGAGGCCCAGGAGGUGGCAUUGAUCUAUCAAGGAUGAUGCAACAAAUGAUGCCUAUCGUUUCUCAAGCUCUGGCAGGUGUUUCCCCUGGGUCUCAGCUAGCUCCUCCCUCAGGACCUCUGCUUCCUGAUAGUAGGUCAAGAAGAGAAAGAGCAGCUGUUAAUGAUGACGCUGAGGAGAUGGGUCUUGGACGAGUAGUUCAGAGGCUUGGGAGCCCAAGUUCAUCUGAGGAGAUUUUUCAUUCUCUAGUUGACAGGGCACUGAACCUCUCUGGUGGUGGUAGUGCAGGAGAAAGUGUUGUAAAUGAACUAUGCAGUCAUGGUGAGCUUGCACAGGAAUUCAUGGAAAUGCUCGAUCAUGAUAUUCUCCAGAGACUUCAUGAUGAAAUGGGAUCAUAGAACGGUUCUCUGAGUUUGCUUGGCCUCGAGAUGUUUCGGUUUUACUUAAAGCGGUCUGGUAGUUGGUAAUUACAACCCUCUGCCAGUAUCAUCCUUGCCGUCAUUACUGUUUCCACCUCACAGGACAUGUAGAAAAUGUUAAACUUUAGCUAUUUGUUAUCCUGAUUAAGUGCCUGAUGAUAGUGACAGGGUACUUUCACUUUAUACACGGUUAUACGCCCAACAUUUUCUAGCGCGGGCAUCUAAGUUCUUGCUGAAUAUCUGGGCAUUAGUCUACUUUUCCAAUUUGUAUCUUCAGGUUUUAAGUAAUUAACUUGCUGUCAAUAUGGAACUAGUGAGUCUCAUGAGAGCCAUUAUUAGGGUCACAGGAUCUAUGGUGUUCUCAACUUGUGAGAUGCUAUUGCUUGAGUUAUGAGUUGAGGCAGCGACAUCGAGUCUGCAUUUGCCAGUUUCAUAUUCAGGAUGUUUCUUUUCACUGUAUUUUGUGCAAAUGACGAAUUUGUUCACGGGCUACUGUAUUCUAUGAUUCUAUGCAACUUGCGUUAUCA